AUGCUUCGGUCACCACUUUCUUUGCCUCGAGCUGGCGUUUUGGCUGUUGGCACACUUCUUCUUCUGGUACCAUUAGGCCACCAGCAGCCUGAAGUCAAGACGCGUGCCCGGGUUGGAAAGGUCAGCGUGGCCGCGAACAAGCUCGACAACGACAUUAUCCAUCGCGCCCUUCUCAGCCAUCAAGCGCAGAACGACAUUCACGGCUACCCUCAGUUCACGGCUCCGUACGAGGCCGUUGGCAAAUCCACUGAGAGACACAAGAAGAAGGCCAAGGGUGCCUGGACAAAGCCAGCCUAUCUUCUCGCUGUGGUCGUCAAUGAGCUCGAGAAGCCUGAAGAUGAGCGGCUGGAGUGGAUCUAUUGGUUCGAUGCCGAUACAAUCGUUCUCAACCCCGAGACCAGACUAGAAGUUUUCCUACCUCCGAGAGACAACUCUGAUCUUGACGAUAUGCACAUGCUCAUCGCGUCAAACUGGGACGGCAUCAACUCGGGCGCCUUCGCGCUACGUGUGCAUCCUUGGACGGUGUCCAUGCUCUCUGCCAUCCUGGCGUACCCCAUUUACAAGCCGGAAAGGGUCGAGACAGAUCGAUUCCGUGACCAGAGCGCCUUUCAUUGGCUCCUGGAGGAGGACGAUUCCCCCUUCAGUGACACACCAACCCGAGGCAAAGAACACUGGACAUUUGUGCCGAUGCGUUGGUUCAACUCGCUACCUUUCAACAACCCCUUUGACAAGAAAGAUGGCGCCUGGCUCGUCGGGAAGGAGAUGGAGGAGAACGGCCUCUUCGACAACGGGACGACCGAUGUGUACGACGAUGGGCAUGGCGGCCAAGUGCAGCCCUGGAAGGUCAUGCAAGGAGACAUGGUUGUUCAUUUCGCCGGCUGUGGUACAGGCAAGACCCGCGACAGCUGGAUGGGGCCGUGGUUAGAACGAGCGGCAGCCGCCUUGCCGCAAUGGGCGAAUGCCACGACCCAGAAGGACCUCGAGAUAGAGGUAACAGACUUUUGGAAAAAGGACGCAGAACGUGUAAGAGCGCUAAGAGAAGGUUUGUAA